CUUGGAACCAACCCCAAACCUAUAUUUUCAUGUACAUAUUUAUUUCCCAUAAACGGACGCUCUAAUAAACGGACGCGGACACUAUUUUUCUUUACAUAACGGGCAAAAAUUUCUAAUAAACGGACGCGUAGGUAACUAAACGCACACAUCAAAGUAAUCUGUAAUAGAUAUUUACCGACAUGUGUUCGGGGAUUCCUCGUUUUACGAGUUCCGCUUGUUAACGAAUCCCAAAACAUUAGUACAUAGUUAUUAUUAGUUUGUUCGUUUCGGUGUAACGUGCGUUGAAAUGGCUUCCAAGGUGGUAAAGAAAAAGAUGCUUAUGUUAAAGGAGAAAAUGGAAAUAGUGUGUUUAUUAGAUAAAGAAAAGUUGUCAGUUCGUGAUAUUGCUAAAAAAUUUAAAAUCGGGAAAACACAAGCGGCAAAAAUAAUCAAAGAUAAAGAAAAGAUUCGAAAGAAAUGGCAGUCUGGAGUCAGUGUAAAAACGAAGAAAAACUUUUUGAGUAGUGAUGGUUCAAAGAUCGACAAAGCCUGUUUCGAAUGGUUUGUGAAAGCUAAAAAUCAAAAUAUUGCCGUAUCAGGAUCAUUCGUAAAGAAAAAAGCAAAAGAAAUUGCAGAAAAAUUAGGAGUGAGUACCUUUAAAGCGUCUGAUGGGUGGUUACAAAAGUGGCGUUUGAGAAAUAAUGUUGCAUUUAAGUGUAUCUCCGGAGAAGCAGCAGAUGUAAAUGAAGAGGGCAUUAAUGAAUUUAUGAAAAAAUUACCGACCUUCUUACUAGGCUAUCGACCAGAGGACAUUUUCAACGCAGAUGAAAGUGGGCUCUUUUUUCGUGCAUUACCAAAUAAAACUUUAGCUUUAAAGUCGGAAAAAUGCACAGGAGGAAAACUGUCCAAAGAAUGAUUAACCGUUUUGUUCUGUGUAAAUAGUGUAGGUGAAAAAGAGGAGUUGCUAGU